UGUGUGGUGGUGGUCUUACAAAAUGACUUCGCUGCUAAAUAUUUCGUCUAAACUUGCGGGCAAAUUUGCCUCGCAAAGUCUGGUUGGUCUGACCAGACCACUGGCGUCUGCAGGUUUCCAUUUUCGAGUCAACGGCAGAAACAGCGAUCCCAAGAAAGCUUCCACAACCCAACAAAUCAGCCGUGAUUAUCCGGUUGUCGACCACACCUACGAUGCUGUGGUUGUCGGAGCGGGCGGGGCAGGUCUAAGAGCUGCGUUUGGUCUUGCUAACAAGGGCUUCAAGACAGCAUGUAUCACAAAGUUAUUUCCGACGAGAUCUCAUACUGUUGCAGCCCAGGGAGGUAUCAAUGCGGCGUUGGGUCACAUGGAAGAUGAUAAUUGGAAGUGGCACAUGUACGACACGGUGAAGGGCUCUGAUUGGCUCGGGGACCAGAAUGCUAUCCACUACAUGACAGAAGAGGCACCUACUGUUGUUAUUGAGCUUGAGAACUAUGGCAUGCCGUUCAGUCGCCUGGACAAUGGCAAGAUCUACCAGCGAGCGUUUGGUGGUCAGGCCCUCGACUAUGGCAAGGGAGGACAGGCCCACAGGUGCUGCGCUGUGGCUGACAGGACAGGACACUCCAUGUUACAUACGCUCUAUGGCAGGUCGCUCGCCUAUGACUGUAAAUACUUCAUCGAAUACUUCGCCAUGGAUCUGAUCAUGGAAGACGGAGAAUGUCGUGGUGUCACGGCCGUUUGUCUCGAGGACGGUUCCAUCCAUAGGUUUAGGUGUAAGAAUACCGUUCUCGCAACUGGUGGAUAUGGCCGGGCCUACUUCUCCUGCACAGCUGCCCACACUUGCACUGGUGACGGCACAGCCAUGGUCUCCCGUGCUGGCCUUGCAAACGAAGACAUGGAAUUCGUGCAGUUCCACCCAACUGGUAUCUAUGGUGCUGGUUGUCUGAUCACCGAGGGAUGCCGUGGUGAGGGUGGUUACCUCAUCAACAGUGAGGGUGAGCGAUUCAUGGAGCGUUACGCGCCCACCGCUAAGGAUCUCGCCUCCAGAGAUGUCGUCUCGCGGUCAAUGACCAUGGAGAUCAGGGAGGGAAGGGGUGUUGGCCCAGAAAAGGAUCAUGUCUUCCUGAAGCUCUCCCAUCUCCCCCCAGAGCAACUGAAGAUGCGUCUCCCUGGCAUCAUGGAGACAGCCCACAUCUUUGCUGGUGUCGACGUCAUGCGGGACCCGGUCCCUGUCAUCCCGACGGUCCAUUAUAACAUGGGAGGUGUGCCAACCAACUACAAGGGCCAAGUCAUCCAGUAUGACGCUAAUAAGGGUGGAGAUUACAUCAUCCCUGGUCUGUACGCUGCUGGUGAGGCUGCUUGUGCCUCGGUCCACGGCGCCAACCGAUUAGGCGCCAACUCUCUGCUGGAUCUUGUAGUGUUCGGCCGCGCCUGUGCCAACACCAUCGCAGAGGAGAACACCCCUGGGGAAAAACAACCUGAAUUUAAAUCAAAUGCUGGAGAGCAGUCAGUCGCCAACCUCGAUAAGAUCCGCCACAACCCGGGUGACAUCCCAACAGCUGAUCUAAGGACGAAACUCCAGAAGACCAUGCAGAAUAAGGCGGCUGUAUUCCGUACCGGACAGACCCUGGCCGAGGGUGUGAAGGGAGUCCAGGAAGUUGUAGAUGAAUUUGACAACGUCAAGGUGACCGACAAGGGCAUGAUCUGGAACACCGACUUGAUCGAGACUCUGGAGCUGCAGAAUCUGAUAGUAAACUCGGCCCAGACCAUCGUCUCCGCCGAGGCCAGGAAGGAGAGCCGGGGUGCUCACUCAAGAGAAGAUUUCAAGACGCGACUAGAUGAGUAUGAUUACAGCAAGCCAGUAGCAGGUCAGACCAAGAAACCUUUUGAACAACACUGGAGGAAACACACCAUGUCUGGUAUGGACUGUGAAACUGGAAAGGUAACCCUGGACUACAGGCCUGUGAUCGACAAAACUCUCGAUGAAAAAGUCUGUGCCACCGUUCCACCAGCUGUCAGAUCGUAUUAAAAAUAACAACACUUAGAGAUCGAAUUAAUUUCAUAGACUUUCAUAUCAAACAGUGGUUACCAUGGAAAUUGUACAUUUUGUCAUUGCCAUGGGUGAUGUACUUAAUGUUGCUAUGGAAACGAUGUUUAUGGAGCAUAUUCGCUGCUUUAGUCAUGUGAUACUAAGUCGAAUCUGUAUCGCUGGGUCAUUUUGCAUCAAAUGAUCUCAACAUCUGAUGUCAAGGAGUUCAGCCUUCGCAUGAUAGACUUUCACACUGACAAGGUUGUUUGCGUGAUAUGAUCUUGAAAUCCUUGUCGUGGUGUUGGUAUUGUGAGCACACCAUGUCAUGUUGGUGUAAAUCCUAUAUUUCAACCAUUGUAUUACAUCGGUAGAAUCACCUAUAGACCUACUUCAUUAACAAAAAAUACCUAAAGUUAAUUUUGGAAUUACUUGUCAUAAAAUGUAAAUCUUUCGAUAAGGCAGUGUUCCUUUGUACGCUUUUGCUUUUGAUUAGCUCGUUGGAGUAAUUAAUUAAUCAAAGAAUUAUGUUGAAAUACGACUCCUUUGUAUAAGUAAUGCAAAUAGUGUAUGUUAUUCAAGUUUCAGAUGUUUAUAAAACCUCAGAUUGGUUUCUUCGAAGACUAGGAUAAUGAUCUUUCCCAAUCCCAACCCCCAGUGAAAAUUCUAUACCAAGCACCAAAUACUAUUGUUUGUUAGGUUUUAGCUCCUUAUAGAGGACUUCAUUGUCGUUUGUCUAGUUAAAUACCUCUCUAUUACGGACACUCUUGGGAUUUGAUAAUGCUAUCCAGAAUUCUGAGGGGUCCUGAUUACUGAGCUCAAAUUGAAUGGAACCAACCAGUGUGGUAGGAGAUUUAGUAUCCUCAGUAGAGCGGGUGUCCUAGAGAGGUGUCAACUAAGGGAGGUUCCAUUAUAAUUUAUUUAUUUCAUGCCAUCUCAUGCAUUUGUAUGUAAAUAGUAAACAUUGUGUGUCAUCUUAACUAAGAUCGUGAAGUGUGUACAUCUUGCUCAGUGCUAUGUAGACAUUCUGGGUUCUAUUCUGGUGGGAGCACCUUACAUGUGUGUGUGUGUGUGACUUAAUACCCAAAAUAAUCAGUGGAAAAACUAAUGAUGACCAAUAAUAGAAUAAAGUGGCUCGGCCAUGUUGCACCGUGUUAGUUAAACGAUGAUUUGAUUGUUGUAUAUUAAAAUGCAUUGUUAUACGACGUGUUGUGGCAUGGGCCAUGAUGGUGACUUGAUAAUGAUGAACUAUUGAUCGAUGCUGGCUUUCUAAGUGAGCCUUGCUAUAUAUUUCUAAGAAUUAAA